AUCUCUACUUUCGACAUGGAAUUUUUGUCUGCAGCACCUGUUUUUAGCAAAGCUAAAGUCGUGUUUUUAGCGAUGAAGCCUCAAAUGUUUGACCAGUUUCUACUGGACUCAAAAGGUGUAAAUGCAAUUCCCAGUAAAUCAGUACUCUUUGUCUCUAUCAUGGCGGGCACUACUGUGAGCACAUUAGAACAGAAAAUUGGUGAAACCUUUGGGAAAAGUCACCGGGUAGUAAGAGUCAUUCCUAAUACCCCUUUGAUGGUCGGUGCUGGCUGCUCAGCUAUUUGUCAUCAACUGGCAAAGGACUCCGAGGAUGUUGCACUUGUGAAAGCAAUUAUGGCGAAAAAUGGAACUGUCACAGAAAUUCCGGAGUCCAUGACCCCAACUUUUGCUGCUUUAGCUGGUUGCGGACCUGCAUAUAUUUUCAUAAUAAUUGAGGCUCUGGCUGAUGGUGCAGUGAAAAACGGGAUGCCUCGUGAUAUGGCUCUCCAAUUGGCUGCCCAAACAAUGGCUGGUGCUUCCAAAAUGGUGCUCGAGACGAACAAACACCCAGGGCAGUUGAAGGACCAGGUUUGCUCACCUGGCGGAACAACUAUCGCAGCUGUCUACGCUCUAGAAAAAGCUGGAGUACGAGGUGGAAUGAUGGAUACAAUCAAUGCAGCAGUUGCAAGGAGCAAAGAGAUGACGAGUUAAUUCAACACUUUUGGAGGGAAAUUCAUCAAGGAAAAAAGAAAGUUACAUAUGUAUCCUAUCAUUGUUUUGCUCUCCUGAAAUUUCAAGUCUUAAUUUUUCCCCAUUCAUUUUGGCAGUUUUUGCCACCGGUUUGAAAGUUGUUGGGCUCAAAUGAAUAAAAAACUAUUGAUG